UGUGGGCAGAACUGUUCUUCUGAGCUGGACCUUGUGAAAACCAGUAAAUUCUGCUGUAUGUCCAAUAACUCGACCCAACUCAGACAUUAAGACCUCAGGGGAUGAGUCCUGCUCCAGUGAGAUUCCAGCUACUGUUUGAUAGAAACAUCUUUCACCAGCUGGAAUUUCCACUGAGAACUGGAAUGGUUGGACUGAGAUGAAAUGAUCAUGGAGUACCAGAAUGGUUUGGGUUGGAAGGGACCUUAAAUCCCAUCCCAUUCCACCCCUGCCAUGGGCAUGGACAACUUCCACUAUCCCAGGCUGCUCCAAGCCCUGUCCAACCAGGUCUUGCACACUUCCAGGGAUCCAGGGGCAGCCACAGCUUCUCUGGGCACCCUGUGCCAGGGCCUCACCACUAUCACAGGGCUGGGACGAGAUCUGAGCUAAGAGGAAGACGGAAUGUGCUCUGGAAUGGAGGAAGCUGGUAACUCACGUUUGCUGUCCCUGCAGUCAGAGACACAGCAGGGAUUGGAAUGUCACCACUUCCAGGGAACUCCAGCAGCAGCAGCUGCCACCACAGCAGUAACCAGCUUGGCACAGGAAGAGUAGGACCAAAAUACGAAGUGCUUGUCCUUGCCAGUUACAUGAUCAGAAGGGGCACAUCCCACUGUCACAGAGCUCCCCUCACCUGACACCAUCUGUGAUACUCAGCUGCACCCCACAGGCAAGGCCUCUCCAGGCCACAGAGCAGCAAUUCAACAGCAGCAGAGGAAUAAGCUGUUCAGUGUUUGCUAUGGGAAAGGACAGACCCCGCCAGCCCCUGCUGUGAGAGCCCAGGAAGAAAUUUGGUCACAAAACCAGGCAGGUGAUCCCGGCUGAGCCCGCCCGUGAGGGCGGCGGAGGAGCAGCUCAGCAUGCCCACCGUGGUGGUGAUGGACGUGUCGCUGUCCAUGACGCGGCCGGUGUCGGUGGAGGGCUCCGAGGAGUACCAGCGCAAGCACCUGGCUGCCCACGGGCUCACCAUGCUCUUCGAGCACAUGGCCACCAACUACAAGCUGGAGUUCACGGCCUUGGUGGUGUUUUCAUCCCUCUGGGAGCUGAUGGUGCCUUUCACGAGAGACUACAACACGCUCCAGGAAGCCCUGAGCAACAUGGAUGAUUAUGACAAAACCUGUUUGGAGUCGGCGCUGCUGGGGGUUUGCAAUAUUGUCCAGCAGGAAUGGGGGGCAGCAAUUCCUUGCCAGGUUGUCCUGGUCACCGACGGCUGCCUGGGCAUCGGCAGAGGCUCCCUGCGCCACUCCCUGGCUACUCACAGCCAGCGCAGCGAGAGCAACAGGUUCCCACUGCCCUUCCCCUUCCCGUCCAAGCUCUACGUCAUGUGCAUGGCCAACCUGGAGGAGCUUCAAAGCACAGAUUCCUUAGACUGCCUGGAGCGGCUCAUUGAUUUAAACAAUGGGGAAGGGCAGAUUUUCACCAUUGAUGGCCCCCUGUGCCUGAAGAAUGUGCAGUCCAUGUUUGGAAAGCUAAUAGACCUGGCUUAUACACCAUUCCAUGCUGUCCUCAAGUGUGGCCACUUAACAUCUGAUGUGCAAGUAUUUCCCAGACCAGAACCUUUCAUUAUAGAUGAGGAAAUAGACCCCAUUCCUAAAGCAAUUAAUACAGAUCUAGAAAUUGUUGGGUUUGUAGAUAUUGCUGACAUUUCCAGCCCUCCUGUCUUGUCCAGACACUUGGUACUGCCCAUUGCACUUAACAGAGAGGGGGAUGAGGUGGGACCUGGGAUCACAGAUGACACUGAAGAUGAGAAUUCAGCUAAUCAGAUUGCUGGGAAAAUCCCCAACUUCUGUGUUUUAUUACAUGGCAGCCUGAAAGUGGAAGGCAUGGUGGCUCUCGUCCAGUUGGGGCCAGAGUGGUAUGGAAUGCUUUAUUCACAAGCUGAUAGCAAGAAGAAAUCAAACCUCAUGAUGUCACUCUUUGAACCUGGUCCUGAGCCCCUUCCAUGGCUGGGGAAGAUGGCACAGCUUGGCCCCAUUUCAGAUGCAAAAGAAAACCCUUAUGGGGAGGACGACAAUAAGAGCCCUUUCCCUUUGCAGCCCAAGAACAAGCGCAGCUACGCUCAGAAUGUCACUGUCUGGAUCAAACCCAGUGGCCUCCAGACGGAUGUACAGAAGAUCUUGAGAAAUGCAAGGAAACUCCCUGAAAAAACACAAACCUUCUAUAAAGAGCUGAAUCGUUUGCGCAAGGCAGCUCUGGCCUUUGGCUUCCUGGAGCUGCUGAAGGGAGUGGCAGACAUGCUGGAGAGGGAGUGCACCCUGCUCCCCGACACCGCCCACCCCGACGCCGCCUUCCAGCUCUCGCACGCGGCCCAGCAGCUCAAAGUGGCAAGUACUGGAGCCUCGGAAUACGCUGCCUAUGAUCACAACAUUGCUCCUCUGCAGACAGACUUUUCCAGUAGCAGCACUGAGAGAAUGUGAAGUCUCCUUUUGGGAGCUUCUCUAGAGGGUUCAAAUUUUAUUCUGUUUACUUUUUAGGGCCUGUUCAAUCACUGUUUGAAGAACUUCGUAUCCAAACGGGGAAGUUUUGCAUCAGUGCUCUCUAAACAAAAGUAGCUUGUUUGUGGUGGCUUUUAGUCAGACCUGGAAACUGUGGAAAGUGUCCCAAACCCAGUGAUGGUGUUGGAUGAUGGGUGGAAGUUACUUGGUACAUGUGAGGAGAGAAAAAAAAUGCCUCUGGAGGCAGCUCUUGGGUUUUGGCCUCCCCAAAAUGCAGUUACUAUGUGACUGAACUCACUGGUGAAAGUAUCCUAAAAGGCAGCUACUAGACUUUAAACAUCAACUUGAUUAGUCCAAAGCAAGGUGUGAGGAGCACCCUGCAAGAUCAGAUACAGAGCUGAUUUUGGGGUGUUGGCCCUGACUUUAUGCCCAACUUGACAGACAGUACUGAGCAUUAUCACUUGCACUGCAGUGCUUAUGUUUCUGAAAAUAACCUGAUCUUGGGACACAUGGUUUUUUAUUUGCAUAAUACAAAUAAAGAGUAAUUCUUCAUGAAAA